AUGUUUCGUCAAGAGUUGGGGGCAGUAGGAAGAGAAGUGAAGCAUAUAUUAGGUGAAGGAGGAGGGGUUGUGCGUAAACAUGCGCGCACGGAGAGCAAUGGAAGCACAAGCUCUUCACGCAGCAAUACUAAUACUAAUACUAAUAAUAAUAACCGUUCAAACACCAACAGGGCUAGGAGUCAGCUCCUGGAAACUCAUCUGGCAAAGCUGUUUAAACAAAAAAUGGAAAUCUUCACAAAAGUCCAACACACACAGGAAUCUGUUGUGAUGAGCAUUGUGAAACUUUGCCUGAAAAGCUUCCAGGAGUUUGUUAGGCUUCAGACAUUUAAUCGGAGUGGGUUCCAGCAGAUUCAGUUGGACAUGCAGUACCUCAGAACCACCCUCAAAGACACAACUGAUUCUGAAGAUGAGGCUGCUCUUGAAUUCCUGCUUGAUGAGGUGAUUGUUGCUGCUGCAGAACGUUGCCUUGAUCCUAGUCCUCUGGAGCCUGCCAUCCUAGACAGACUUGUACAACUCAAAUUGGCUAGAUAGGCCCACCAAUGUAUCCAUUUCCAAUUCCAAUUCCAAAUCCAAUCCAGGGAUUUAAAAAAAAAAGAGAGCAGCAUAUCUGUUUGUUGUAUGCUUGUGUUAUAUAUAGAGAGAGUGAGAGAGAGAGCAUCACAGGUGUAGUGUGGUUGGUGGUCCAAUUCCAAUCAAAUCCAUGGUGUUGGGGUCUGGAUUCUUGUUUUCAUAUACAAAAAUUAAAUACCAAGUAAACUGUUUAUUCGGAUCAUAUCCAUCGGUGCAUUCCAAAUAAUUUGUUAAAAAGAUAAUGACAUCAAACACCAAUUUAAUGGUUGAUUUAAGAGAAACAAAUAACAAUUACUCAUUUAUCAUCACUUA